AUGAAAAAGAACCAAAAGAACAAAUGUAAGAGUCAAAAGAACAAGAAAAACAAGAACAAGAAGAACAAGAACAGCGAGAACAAGAACAAGAAAGAUGAGAACAAGAAAAACAAUAGCAAGGAGAAAAAGAACAACAGAAACACAAACAAGAAAGAACAACAAAAACAACAGGAAGAAGAACAAGAACAACAAGAACAACAACAACAACAACAACAAGAAAAACCAGAACGAUAA